GUUUAAGUAAUGGAUAACAAAGAUCAAGUAAUUACGGAGAAACCGUCUCAAGAGGCUAAUGAAGAUCAGCCCAAACAGAAGGUAAUUAAGAAAGAUGUCAUUAAGCAGAAAUCUAAGAAAAAGACCAUACGGAAGAAAAGAAAUGCUCAGAGAAUGAGACAAUCCCAAAGCGUGAUAGACAUGAGCCUUUCAUCUAUGCCUAAUAAUGAUGGGAAAACGAUCUUACUACCUCCAUUAGACUCUUCUACGAUAUCUAAGGACAAAACUAUCUUGGUCUCGUCUAAAAAGAAGCCCCUAAACAGGUUUGACGAGCCUUCAAGUAUCCUCGAAAUGAAGAGACAAGUGCCAGAGGCAUAUUUAAAGGACUUCACGUCGUUUGUAAAAUCUAAAAAUGCUUCCAAAAGUAAUCUUGGGAAAGCCAACCGGUGGCAAAGAAGAAGCCUGAACGAAGUAGACUUGGAAUGCUUACCCAGCCCAAGCUCCUACAACCUAGAGAGUUACAGAUCGGUAGCUGGACAAGCAAAGGCUACAAAUGCUGAUUAUUUAAGAAGUAUGAGGAAUAUCUCAAAGAGAUAUGACAGAUUUUCUGGUAAAACUUAUUUUAAAGAACUGGACAAGAGUAAUUGAGAGCAGGGACCAGGCCCCUGCAUCUAUGACUCUCACAGUUACAAUCAGAUUAAGUUACCUAAAGUCAAGCACAAAAUUGGAUUUACCUUUGCUGAUAGAGGACUCAAGCUUAAGAAAGAGGACAAAGAGAGUCCAAGUCCAAUGAAGUAUGAUGUCAAGUAUGAGUUUAAAGGUACCGAUCAUGUCAAGGGAUACACCUUUGGAUCUGCUGCCAAGAAAUUCUCUCUAUUUUAGAUGUUCAAUAUUAAAAAA